AUGCUCUCCAUCACCACACCCGGCUAUUUGGACGACCAGAACCGCGGCUGCAUCGACUGGAGCGAGGGCCUCCUCGCCUAUGGUGCGCAGCACAUGGUUUGCAUCGUGCAGCCGUCGACUCCGCCACAGCUGCUGCAGUGUCUCGCCGGGCACAUGCACAGUGUCGCGCAUGUGGCGUUCGCGCCACGUGAGACUGGCGCGCCCAGCCUCGGCGGCGAAGGCCAGGGCCCACUCCUGCUGGCUUCUGCAGACGUCACCGGAAGCGUGCACCUGUGGGAUGUCUUGCGAGGCGCGCUCCUGGCGCAGCUGACGGCGCCGGCUGGCGGCGGCAGCGGGAGCGACAGCGGCAGUGGCGGCAUCCUCUGCCUGCAUUGGCUGCUAUCGCGGCCUAACCACCUCCUGGUCGCCUCCCGCGCCGGCACGCUCGUGCUGUGGCAAGUCUCUGCCGCUGGCCGCGCCGCCACCGCCCUCUGGCAAUCUUCGCUGACGGAGUCGCCCACGCUCCUCGCAAUCGACCGGCACGUCGCCGACGGAGGCCGCAUCGCCGCGCGCGGCGCCCUCUACCAACUCUCCGUCCUCCCGUCCGAGCCACCGAGCGCUGUCGGCGCGUCCUGCUCGCUCACGCGCCACGUCUCCGCCUCCGGCGCCGCCUACUCGCCCGCCGCGGCGCUGCAGCUGCUCUACUCACCCCACCACCAGGCGCAGGUUUCGCUCGACCGGACCGACCACCCCUUCUGGCAGCUGCUCCUGCCCGCCUGCCUGCCCGGCAUGCUCCUUGGGCUCCACACCGACGGGUGCCUCUCCGCCUGGCUCCGCCGCUCGGACGGAGCCUCCGCCGGAGGGCGCGGCCGCCGCGUCCACUUUUCGUACCGUUCGAUGGCGCCGUUGCUCAAAGGGCCCGGCAGCGCGCUGCGUGCCGUCGCGGCCGCACCGCCCGCACACGAGGCGUUCGCGGGCAUUUCUGCCGACGGCCGCUGCUGGGUCUGGUCCCUCGCCUGCGCCGGCGGCGCGGCUGCCAUCCUCCCCGCCGCUCUCCCUGCGGUGGCGGCAGGCGCCGGCCAUGGCGGCGACGGCGAGGAGCGCGGCGAGGGCGCGCUUGCGUCGAGCGCGGAGGACCCGUGGACGAUGGCGCUCGUCGGCAUCGUCCCCUCCAUCUCGUCGCCGAUCCGUUGUCUCGCGGUGCAGCCAGCGGCGCUCGGCUCUGAGCAAGAGGAGCCGCAACCAGCGCCCGCGCCCGCACCCGCAUCGGCGGAGCCGGCUACGGCCGGCUGGACCCCGCCGCCGCCCUUGCUAGAGCCGUCGUCGGAGGCGCCGCUCCCAUCGCCACCCCCAUCCACAACGCCGAUCUUUUCCCUUUUGGAGAGCUCACCUCCCCCGCCCCCCCCGCCCCCGCCUCCGCCUCCGCCUCCGCCUCCGCCUCCGCCGCCUCCGCUUCCGCCGCCGCCGGCAGCAGCAGCCGUGGCCCAAGCACAGCCGCCAUCUCCACCCGGAGCCGCGAGCGUGCCAUCGCCGCCGCCAUCGCCGCCGCCCGCUGCGGUCUCCGAGACGUUCGUCGCCGUCGGCACCGAGUCGGGACACGUGUUGCUGCUCCGCCCCUCGUGCCGCACCGUCGCCUGUGAGUUUGCGCUCCACCAGAGCCCGGUCGGAGGACUGCUGUGGGCGAGCCCUUCGCUCCUCCUCUCCUUCUCGAGCAGCGGCGGCGGCAGUGGCGGCUCCUCCGCCGGCGAGGCUGGGGGCGGCACCUGGCGGAACGUCGUGCUCGCGCUCUCUCUCCCCGAGGGAGACGUGCGCGAACUCGCUCCUCCGCGUGGCUCCGAGGCGGCGCCGCUGGUCGGGCUCCGCCUCUCGCCCUCGGGCGCGCGCCUCCUCCUCCUCUACCGCGAGGCGCCGCCGCGGAUGCUCGACACGCGCACCGCUGCGUCUGUCGGCGGGCACGUGCUCCCGACGCUGCCGCCCGCCUCUGCGGUCGAGUGGCUCCCCCCUCUCUCGGCUACGCCUCUCCCGGCUACGCCCGCGUCUCGCGCCUCCGCCCCGGGAGCCGCGGUAGCCUCGGCGCCCUCUCGAGGCAGCGCCGACAGCUCCACGCCGGACGCGCCGGCGGAGGCGCUGCUGCUGACGAUCCCGGACGGGUCGACGGUCGAGCUCGAGGUGGCGCCGGGUCUCGUCACGGCGCUCGCUCGCGGCGGCCAGUGGCUCGUCUCUGGCUCGGCAGAGGGUGCGGUCUGUUUGUGGCACGCCGCGGUGCCGGAGGCGCGCCGGCUGGUCGCCACGCACCGCGGCGUCGUGCGCGCCAUCGGCUUCGACGACGCGGAUCAGCCGACGCAGAUGCUCCUCCUGCUCGGAGAGGGCGAGCUCACUCUCUGGCGCUUGCCCGCCGGGCCAGGCUGGGAGCUGCAGGAGCCCGCCUCGCGCCCGCUCUGCGUCGGCUUCUCUGCCUCGGGGCAGCCCCUCGCCGCGUACGAGGGCGGCUGCUUCGUGCUGCUCCGACCUGGUGCGCUCGGCCCCGGCAACUGCCCCCUCGGCUCGCGCACGUCGCUGCGCACGCCGCGCUCGACGGCGCUGCUGCCGCGCCGCGCGCACGCGCAGCUGCUCACGCAGCUGAUGCACUCGCCUCCUCCCGACUCCGGGGAGGCGGCCGCCGGCGCCGGGUUUGUGCACCCGCGCGUGGCGGAGUGGCUGCCGCGCGGGGCGCAGCAGCGGCUGGCGGUGCCGAUGCCACGCGCGUUGCGCUGCGCCGCGAUCUCGCUCGAGCUCGGCCUGUCCAGCCGAUGGAGGUUCUGGUCGCUCGUGGCGUGGCGGCUGGCGCUGCCCGAGGAGGAGGUGGGCGAGGCGGCAGGGGACGAGGAGGAGGACGGACGCGGCCCAGGGGAGCGGGCCGGGGUUCCUGAGGCGAGCGGGAUGCGCGAGCCGCCAGCCUUUCGAGACCGGUCCAUCGCGCAGGGCGAGAUCGUCGGCCCCUCCACCGCAGCGGCCGUGACUGCAACCGCGAGCGAGACCGCAAGCGUCGUCACCGCCGCCGCCACUGUCGGCGGCGGCGGCGAGCUGUGGGCUACGUUUGGUGUGCUUCGGAGCGCAGUGGCGGUGCGCGCCGAUCGGUUGGCGCGGUUGGCGGAGCAGAUGGCGGCGGCGGCGGCGGCGGGCGGCGGCGGCGACAGCGGCGGCCUGUCGACGGCGCGCCGCGCCGCGCACCAGCUAAUUGGCGCUGGCUCCUACGCGGGCGGCUCGGACUUGCUGCUCGGCCACAGCGGCGCGGUCUCGAGAGAGGCGGCCGCCGCAGCGGCGCACCGUGCGGCGGGUCGGAUGCUCGAGGCGGGAAAGCUGACGGAGGCCGUCGCGUUACUGUGUGCCGCCGGCCUCGGCGGCGCCGCCGCUGAGCAGCUGCAGCUCCGCGGGAAAUGGGAGGAGGCGGCGGCGCUCGCGCAGGCGUGCUUGUCGCCCAAGGAGCGGGCGGGCGCCCUCCGCCGCUGGGCGGACUACUUGCGCUCGCGGGGCGAGGGCGCACGCUCAGUGGAGGCCGCCACGCGGCUCGUCGAGCUCGGCGCCUAUGAGCUGGCUGCUCUGCUCGUGCGAGCCGUCGGCGAGGCGCGCCCGCAUCAGCGCUCCACGAAGGGCGCCCAGGCUAAUGGAGGCGGCGGCGGCGGCGGCGGCGGCGGCGGCGGCGGCGGCGGCGGCAGUAGUAGCGCCGGCGUGGCGCAGCGGAGCUACCUCGAGUACAGCGCGGCGCUCGCGCGCCUCGGCCUACCGUCGCUCGCACGCGAGUACAUCGAGUUGGCCGCUAGCGAGGGGGUCGGCACGCCGAGCGCAAUCUCGGCCGCCGAGGCGGAGACGAUGCACGAGCAGUAUCUCAGCACGCGCUACCACCCGCUCACCGCCCGGCCGGCCCUCCUCGCCUGCGGCUUUGGCCUCCUCUGCGCGCUUCUGCCAACCCACUCCCUGACCGUGCGCGCGCAGGGCAUCGACGAGUGGAAGUCCCCCUCCCCGCUCCGCAAGGGCGAGUCCAACCUGGUCGACCGCUCCAAGACGACCACCAAGAACCUCACCCCGAUCGGCCGCGUCGACCCCAACGGGUUCGCGGAGCUGCUCGGAACGGACGUCGACGAGGAAGACGAAGACGUCGCUGGCGAACCCGUUGGUGGCAAGGCGGCGUCCAAGGCGACCCGCGGAUCCACGCCGUCGGCCACAAACUCGGUGCUAGCCGCCUGCACGUGCAGUUUCGGCCCCCUGCUCGCCGCUCACAGCCAGUCUCGCGCCCCUGUUCAGGGCGCGACGGUCAAGCCCAAGACCCCCAAGACGGUCAAGACGGUCGACCCCAAGACGACCACGACUUCCACGCCGAAGGGCUCCGUCUCCGCCUCUGGCUGGCUCUCGUGGCCCAAGCUCUGCUGGCCGAAGGUGCUCUGCAUCAUCUGCACCUGCCUCAUCGCCGCGAGCGGCGGCGCCUUCGCCUACUUCUCGCACGGCUCCGACGGGCUUCUCCCUUCAGUUGUUGUGCCCGUUUCGGCUGCGCCCGGGUUCGAACGUCACGCCGGCUUCUGCGACGUAAACGGCGGCAAGUGCCAGGAGGAGUACAGGGGCUUCGGCGAGAGCGCCGAACUGUGUGAGCAGCGCUGCCUGGAGUUCCCAGCUGGCGCCAGGGCCUGCACUGCCGUCGAGUACUGGCUCCUCACGAAGCGCUUGCCGAUGUGCAAGCUGUUCACAUGCGAGGGCGACAUCACGCGCGCGUUGAAGGCGCCGGCGAACAACGUCGAGUGCCUCGUCAAGACCGAGAGUUCGAACGUGGCAUUGCGCUCGAGCUUUGGUGCCACGGUGCACAUGUUCUCGGACGGGCGUCCUUAUGAAUCCCCCGACUCCCGCCAUUCUACGACCUCCAUGAGCUGGCAGAACACCAAGGACCGGUGUGAGUUGGGAACCGUGGCCAUGCUUGGCGAGUGCCCAUCGGCUACCUGGGCAACCAAGGGCGACAUCAAAUGCGCCCCAGAGGGCAUGCGGCUCUGCACCCUGCAGGAGGUCUGCCCUGGCGGGCCGAUGACCACGUGGCCCCCCUAUAACAACCCAACGAUUCAGCCGACGCCGGCGGUCUGCGACGGCACCACCUUUUACGACAACGUCAGGCAAGAAUCGGUGAUGACGUGCCUAACCGGCGCGACUGGAGAGCCCGGCGACACGGAUUGCAGCCAGUGGGGCAUGGGCCCGCAGCCGUGCUACCUCUCGGACAGGCUUGGCAUGGCGAGGACUGCGCUGCAGCGUCCGGAUGGGAAGCGGGACUUUACCCAGAUCGGGUGGACGACAAAUCACCUCGACAUCAGGUGCAACUCCUACGUCGACAAGUACGGCCAAGAGCCGUCCGACUCGGAAUUACCGGAAAAUACGGACUUCAACGCGAUUGCAGAUGAGGGGAAGCAGCACUACACCUGCUGUGUCCUGUGA